CGAUUUUAACGUAUUGGACAGCUCCCCGGAUGCGGCUGUGAUUGACUAUACCAGGCAAAAAGAGAUCGAAAGAGUGGCGGUGCUGCAGCCCCAGUGGUCGUAGGCAGGAUGCAGACCAUAAAGUGUGUGGUGGUGGGUGACGGGGCAGUCGGUAAAACCUGCCUGCUCAUCUCUUAUACCACCAAUGCCUUCCCCGAAGAGUACAUUCCAACAGUGUUUGACAACUACAGCGCUCAGAUGAGCGUAGAUGGCCGCACUGUCAGCCUCAACUUGUGGGACACAGCAGGCCAGGAGGAGUAUGACCGCCUGCGCACGCUUUCCUAUCCCCAGACCAAUGUUUUCAUCAUCUGCUUUUCCAUUGGCAGCCCCUCCUCCCAUGCCAAUGUUAGGCACAAGUGGCACCCCGAGGUGUCUCAUCACUGCCCCAACGUGCCCAUCCUGCUGGUGGGCACCAAGAGGGACCUGAGGGGUGAUGCAGAAACAGUGAAGAAGCUGAAGGAGCAGGGUCUGGCUCCUACUACCCAGCAGCAGGGAAACGCCCUGGCCAAGCAGAUUGGGGCUGUUAAAUACAUGGAGUGUUCUGCUCUCCUGCAGGAUGGUGUCAGGGGGGUGUUUGAGGAAGCUGUGAAGGCAGUGUUGUAUCCAGUCACGAAAAAGAGCGCCAAGAAGUGUGUGCUGUUGUAAUAAAUGGUUCCCAGAUUUGGACUGUGGAGAGGGAUGAUGGAGAUCCAUAGAUGCAAAGGAAGGCUGAGGAACAAACGUUGCCAUCUGACUGCCACCAUACCACCACUGGCAGUUUAGACUUUGUUUUCAGCUCCUCUAUUACUCCUCUCUUCCUUAUUCAUCUCCUGGAGGAUUUCACUCCGUUGCCAUCAUCACCAAAGUGACUAUGCCAAAAUGGGGGCAACAGACCAACUCCUAUUUUCCUUGCAUUUUAACUUUUGAUAUUUACACUUUUCUCCAAUUUUACAUCUGUUCUAGAUUUAUAGCUUCUCUGCUUUGCCUUAUAAAAACUGAUCAUGGUUGUCACAAGCCAUAAUAACAUCCAAACCAACCAACCAAGCUACCCUGUUUGACUGGAGAGAAGAGAUCUGCCUUUGUUCAGGUGGAGAAAUAAUGACUACCUCAUACUCUCACCUAGGUUGCAUCUCAUGAGUCUCAAGCAACGUCAUCAAAAUGCUUUGACUCGCCUAUUUAGAUUUAAUAAACAGCUAAGUAGAGGGUGAACAAAUUUUGAUUUCAAGCAUCUUGAGUCCAGACAUGAGGUCGUGACUCCCGGACAAAUGCCAGUACCCCUUAACCAAAAUGCACAGAAUAGAGGUUAAACUCUUGAGCUGCAGUUUCCCUUGUGCUCAGUCUGGCAUGUUAGAGCUGUUUGGCAAGCGGCCUUGCCAGCCUCUUGCACUGCUCGGUCACUGCCACACAUGGAUGAAGAGCCAGUAGGCCUUUGAAGAUAAGCCUGACCCAUUCAAAGCAGCCGACCAUUUGCGCUCUUCAGUAAUAGAGGAGUAGGUGUCAUAAGGCCUCCGCCAAAUUAACCCACACUGGUCCAGGAAUUCUCAAGCUGGCACAGCUCUUCUGUCUAUGUCUUAACUAUUGAGGCUCACACCGAGUGCCAUUAAAACAUGCCUAAGAAUUACUUUUUGACAGGAUGGGAGUAAAAGACUGUGUUUUAUCUAAUUAUGUUGAAUUUACUCUGUAAAUGAUUUUUUUGUCCUCAAAUGUUUUUAACCUACGAGUGCGGUUAUGGCCAAAGUUGAAUAUAUUUUUUGUAAUAGCUAAUGUUUAUUUGAUCAGUAAGAUGUUUUUGUGUAAUAGUUAAAACUCAUAUUUGAUAAACCAGAUCUCCAUGUCAUUUCCAUUUGCUCCGUUUGUCAUUUACAUUAUUGCUUUACAUGUAAGAUCAACCGACUAUGACCACUGCCUAAUUGAUUCAGUCUAGCAUAUAAUACAAUAAUAGGUUUUAACCAGCUUAUUCUAGGCUGUAUACACCUCCUGUUCCUAUAUGUUUCUGGUUAGUGAAAACAUUUCAUCUUGGAAAAGCACCGGGUGAUAUCUGCCUUAAUUUUUCUACCAUGUACAAGCAGUAUAUCUACAAUAUGUUUGGAGCCUAUUAUUUGGUCAGGGGCCUUAUCUAAACCAAAGGCCAGCAGUGCUCCUUUGUCAGAGCUCCUCAUUAUAUUGAUGCAAGUGCCAUGAGACCUUUCUAAUGCUGGUCCAUCCAUCUCUGGGUUUCCUUUUUGUAAUUUUUUAAGAAGCUUUCUGCCUUUGUUCCUGCCAGUAAACACUCUUCUUACAGCCCCCUUUGUAAGACACAGGUGUUAAACUGACGUCUUGUGCGACAAGUCUGUGUGCAUUUGUGAAAUGGAGCAUAGUGCUCGUGGCCCGUAGCUCUGAACAGAUUGUGGUUUACAUCCCUGCAUUGCAUGGUGCAGUGAGGGCAAGGCACUAGCACAACUUGCACAUACGGUUAGCAAGAGCUGCGUUGGUGGAUCGAGCCUUGUCACAUCUGAAGACUUUUAUACAUUUUUAUAAAAUAUUUUAGUAAUGACUGAUCGCUCAUUUGUGCUUUCAGCUGCCAGUAAUAACGGCAGCCCUUUUACUAUGGUAAUUAUUCAUUUACUCACUGAAGCGGGUUAUAUUAUGUCAACCUAGAUCCUGGCCUGUGUAAAGUCUAGAAUAACCGAAGCGCAACACGAGCAGGAGACUUUGUUUAACAACAGCAAUGCGGUUUGAGAUCUGCCAAAGGAUGUGUGACAAUUUCCCAGAUCGGUGUGUGGAGGGUUGAAUGUAAGUGCACAAUAUGUCAAACUGCCGUGAGCUUGUUUUUUGCCAUGUCCUGAUUUCACUCAGAUAAUGCUGUUGAAGUGGAACAUACACCUGUGGGGCUCUCUGACUGUGUCCCGGAGCUGUAUGCUGCCGUGUGCGUGGUACUACGCUUUUACACUGGGAACUUGAUUUGUAGAAAUCUGUUUGUAAUUGUUUUAUAUAUAACAAAAGCAUAUUUGUAUAAAUGAACUAACAGUGAGAUGAUUUUAAAUUAUGCCAAAUAAAAUGGUUAAAACCAGA